AUUCAAUGCAGAAAGUGUUGUUGCUGAGCAACAGCAAUAAACAAUCGUUUAGUAAUAACUUUUUUUAAAAACAUGGAAUGCUAUAAAAUUAUUGAAGAACUUUCAUCUUGUCGUUUCUCUACCACGUUUUUGGUGACCAAGAAAGGAGACUUCACAAACAAGAAACUGAUUUUGAAAAAGAUUGAAUGUAAAGAUGAGAGCCAUGCAAACAGGGCGUACCACGAGCUACUUCAACAGAAACUACACCAAGAGACCAUGGAAGAGAAAGUCGCUACCAAAUCCUUUUUCAUUAUGUGGGAUAAAUCCAUUUGCUCCCAGGAAGCUGUCCAGGAAGCAUCCAUCUUCAUCUGUAUCAUCCGGAACUAUUUUGAGACCUCGCUGGCUUUUGUAGCGGAUAGUUUUCAUAUGAUAAAGAAACCCAUGGAAGAACAGACCAUAAUCAAUUACCUCAGUGAAAUAGUUGAACUGUUGGAACCGUUUCAUAAUGAAAAUAUUGCCCACAGAAGCAUUCAAUUAUCAAAUAUUUUCAAGUAUGGCGCUGAAAACAAAUUGCUUCUUGUGGACUUUGGUAUAUCCAGUUUUUUGAUCAACAGGAAAAGAUUUUCCACAUUGAAGGAUGGAGAUUUGGUUUGGCUGGCCCCUGAACUAAGGUUCGAACAGAAGGACAAAGCAGGUGUGUGUUGGCUCAAAGUGGAUAUCUGGUGUCUUGGUUCAAUUCUCAUGUCCUUCUUACUCACCAGCUUCAUGGACACCUUAAAGGACAUGAAAGCUUUUGUGUUGAAAACCAAGAUUGACGAGUGUCUCCUCAACUAUUUCUGGGACAAAUUAGAACAGAUGUAUUCAGGAAAUUUGCUUUCAUUGGCUAAAAGAAUGCUGAGUCAAUACACUGAAGAGAGACCAACUCUUAUAGAACUGAAGGAAUACCUCUCAAAGAUGUCCUGCACAGAGGAACCUGUCUUACCAGACAUGAGGGAAGAUUUUGAACCAAUUGAAAAUGAGGACAGCUUCUCUGAUUUGUUAAAUUACGUGUCAAAGUACUCGGAGCACAGCAAGUGUGUUAUUGAAUGCCUCAUCAAAUUAAACAAACUCUUAGUUACAACACCUGAUAUCGAAGUCCCAGUAGAUUCUCAAUCCUUUAUAUGGGAACUUUUGUGUCAAAACCUGGACAAUGCCCAACUUCUCACUGAAGGCCUUCACCUGAUAGAGAAACUAACUUCCAUAUCAAACGACCAUUUGCAAAAUAUCUUCUCUGAAUCAACAAUCGAUGCUAUUUUAACAAUCAUGGAAUGCCAGCUCAAAGAAACCGUUUUCCUAACUGUCAUUUACAGCUUCCUCAUGAUUAUUUUGACCUCAGAAAGUGCCAACAAUUAUUUCAACACCAAAGGAGGAAUGACAACAUUAUUAAACAGGUUGCCUAAAGACCUAACCGAUGACACAACAGUUUCCUCUGCAGCAAUGACACUAAGUAACCUCAUUGUCAACCCCUCAAAUGCUAAAGCUGCCCUCGAAUAUGGCAUCAUUAAAAUUCUUUAUGAAAAUCUUCAGUUUCACUUUAAUUACCAAGGAGCUGUAGCAGAACUUUUGGCUGUGUUUAUACCACUGGCAACUUAUGAAUCUGCAAUCUUCCAGUUCAACCAAUGCCAAUUACUCACGUUAUUUGUGAACAUAAUGAACACCUAUUGCUCUAAUGAUGCCAUCGUUAAAAACUGUUGCAUCAUCCUCCGAGACGUCCUCAACAGUAUCAGUAUUUACGAUGAUGGAAUAUUGGAAUUAACUGAGACAAGAGCGGUAUCAGCAAUGGUUGGUGUGCUAUACUCGAAUACUGAGUCGAUUGAUGUGGUUAUUGAAUGCUGCACAACUUUAGCAGCUCUUUGUAACAUGAGCAGUGAGACAGACAGGAUGAAGUUCGUUUUAAAAUGGAAGCAUCAUUAAAGGAACUACAGUCAAUUUGUUCAACAAAACCUUCCAAGAUGUUGCCCCAAUGUGGAUGCAGACCAAUGACUGAAAGUGGCACUCAGUUACGACAAUGAGGGUUCCAGUUGAUCCAAUCAACGGAACAGCCUGCUCGUGAAAUUAACAUGCAAGUGGCUGAGUGCUUCACAGACGUGUUCCCUUAACGUAGUUCUCAGGGAGAUUCCGCAUGACACAGUGUGACAAAGCCGGUCCUUUGAAAUACAGGUUGAACUUAUUUUUGCCAGAUGAGUGGACUGGAGCAAUGUGAAGUAAAGUGUCUUGCCCAAGGACACAACACGUUGCCAGAAACCAAACUCCUGGCCUAAUGAUCAUGAGUCGAAUACCAUAACCACUUAGCCACACACCUUCACAUAAUGAGUGAAACGAGUAAAGAAUAAAAGAAGAUGACUGACAGACUUUUACUAAGUCACUGCUGACAUAACUCACAGUCAUUGAGACAAACAAACCACCGCAGCACAACACAAACUGGUGGACCAACAAUGCUACAAUAAAAAUAAGGGGUUCUACAAUGAAAUAAAAAGUGGUGCCAUCUCUUCCAAUGUGACUCUAUGCAUCGUUGUAU